AUGUUUAAAUUGGAAAAAUCCAAACUGGCCGACUUCCUGAAUGAAAAAGGCCAACUUCUUGAAUUCUUGACGAUGCCAGCAAUUAAAACCACUUUAAAAGACUUUGCCGAGAACACGUCGGCGCAUGGAGUUAAUAAGCUUGUUACCUCCAAGGGAUGGUUCAUCAAACUUAUCUGGCUGGUGUUGUUUCUUGGCGCCUCCUCCAUGAUAGUGUAUCAGGUUUCACGAUUAGUGAUCAACUAUCUACGGAAACCCGCCACCCCGAAAACGACCGUGGUGAGCAAACCUCUUGUGUUUCCUUCCGUCACGUUCUGUAACCUCAAUCCUGUGCGGUACUCCAUGGUGAAAUCCGAUCUCAUCAUGUUCCAAAUCGUGAAGGACUUUGCAGAGAAACUGAACAUGUCUUUAGACGCAUUCCCUUAUGACGGGAUGAACCCACCGCCUGAUCCAACUUACCCAGACCUAGUAAACACCACAGUGGAGCAAAUACUUGAGGAAUACUCGGCUGACUUCAUGAUGCAGCUCAACUCUGCGGGAGAGACUGUCAUCGAGACUUUCUCUCAGCCUCUGGACAGCUUCCUCGUCAGUUGCUCGUUUGCUGGAAAACCGUGUGAUGACAGGUCUUCACAUGGUACUGAACAUUGA